AUGAGCGCGAGCGGGAGCCAAGCUAGCCGUCGCCUCUCUGCGGAGACCAUUGUCCAUCUCUUGGCCACUGCAGCCAAUGCGGCGAAAGAGGUGCCUCAGACAGAAGGCAAAGUGGUGGGCAAGGCAUUGUUGGAUAUUGUUUCCAAGGCGACUGUGGUUGCGCUGGAUCGUCAGGCAGAGGCCGCGAAGAAGCAGCCAGCAACGGCGACGGGCGACGAGACCGGAUCGGGAGAGAAGGGCGAGGAGAGCGGCACAAGCGCGGUGGAGCUGGCGAAGGGCAUGACGGCUGUCGAGGUGGCGGCCAUAAUUCGUGGCGCAUGGGUGGCGCUGAUGACGGCCAUUGGUUCGGUGAUGGACGAGCCCGAGUGGACGGUGCUGGUGCUGGGCAAGCUGGCGCGUGCCAUGCAGGAGCACCUGGAGAGCAUCGAGGACGGGGCUGGCACGGCCGGAGUUGUCGAGUCGGUCCUCGAGCACGCACGAAAGCACGGUCUGGUGGCCGAGGGCAUUGUCGAUGGGGCACCGGCGGGCGCGGCCGAGCUGAGCGUCCGCGACACCUCGCUCGUGGGCGUCUGGCUCAAGCUCCUCUUCUCGGGCUCGGCCUUUGACAAGCACGGCGAUGUGCGGCUCCGGUGCAAUACGCCCGGGUGCGACUGCCUUGUCUAUCGGCACAACGCAGCCAACAAGUGCGCGCAGUGCGAGCACUCGUUCACGGCACACACCUUUGGCAUCCUCUCCAUCUCGCGAGUCCUGGAGUCAAUCUCGGAGCUCGUUUCGCAGCACGAGGAGCUCUUUUGGGGCCUUAUGCUCAGCCAGUGCUCGGCCUUUGGCGGCGACCUCUACGGCUUCCGCGACAGGCUCAAGGCCAAGACCGAGGCCGAGGCCGAGGCCGCAGGCGCCGGUAGCUCGGGCGCCGGCCCCUCGUCGACCUCGUCGGUCGCCUCGACGGCGAGCCAGGAUACCCGCAAGCGCAAGCGCGGAUCCGAUGCAGCCGGCGCCGCAGAAGAGCGUCCGUCCAAGCGGUGA